UUUAUAUAUACAAAUCUUUAUUUUCAAUUACAGGUAUCAGCUGCCAGAGAAGAGGUGCCAGGUAGAAGAGGUUUCCCAGGUUAUAUGUACACUGAUUUGGCCACCAUUUAUGAACGAGCUGGGCGAGUGGAGGGACGUCAAGGGUCGAUCACUCAAAUUCCCAUCCUUACUAUGCCAAAUGAUGAUAUUACACAUCCAAUCCCUGAUCUGACGGGAUACAUCACAGAAGGUCAGAUCUACGUAGAUCGUCAGUUGCACAAUCGUCAGAUUUACCCACCAAUUAAUGUGCUUCCUUCAUUGUCUCGACUUAUGAAAUCUGCCAUUGGUGAGGGAAUGACCAGGAAAGAUCAUUCAGAUGUGUCUAAUCAGCUGUAUGCCUGUUAUGCCAUUGGCAAAGAUUUACAGGCAAUGAAGGCUGUUGUAGGAGAAGAAGCAUUGACCUCAGAUGAUCUCUUGUAUUUGGAGUUCCUUGCCAAGUUUGAAAAGACCUUCAUUUCACAGGGACCCUAUAUGAAACGCACCAUUUUUGAGUCUCUGGAUAUUGGUUGGCAAUUACUUCGUAUUUUCCCGAAGGAAAUGCUUAAACGUAUCCCUGCUGCCACCCUUGCUGAAUUUUACCCUCGUGAUCGUCCUCAGUAAAGGACUGACAAACCAUGUCAGUCAUUGUUAAGUUGUCACUCAUUACUGUUAUCAUUCACUGGUUGUAUAAUUGUCAUCAGGCUUGAGUUAUAAGUAUGUGUAAAGAUGAGUUUUUUCUUUUUCAUUUUUUCUUUAUUUGUGUGUAUUUAAGAGGGUACUUAAGCAUAAUUAUUCUGAAAAUAUUGUGCAGAGACUUACAUAUUAAGAAAUAU